UCCAAAGAGAGGUUAGAAAUGGAACGAACUUCAAAGAUUGCAUAAUAUAAUUCGUAUAAAUCGUUAUCUCUACCUCUUCCAGUGUUGUUAUGUGAUUACAUAAUAAGAAUCAAGAUUUGUACAAAAAGGAAAUAAUAUUCAAGUUAGAUAUUUAAAAUCUUAUACCUUGGUUUAUCUUACAUUAAGGAACAUCGGAAACACAGGAAGUAGAGACCUCUGUAGGGACAGUGCUACAGACCAUUUUGUCGUCUUAAAGUACAAGAGUUUGCACGUGGUAAUUUCCAUUUAUAUAUAGUAUAAUAGUCCAAGAUCGGUUAUGACUUAUAAAAGGAAAAAAUAUCACUAUGGUGACACACAUCUACGGAAACGAUGGAGAACAAAACGAAGAAGAAAGGAUCUGGAUGAAGUAGAUAAUGACUUGAAGGAAGAGAAUGCAAGAAAGUUGCUGAAUCAAGAAAUUGAUCUAGAUAAACCAGGAAAUUCUCAAUUUUACUGCCUGCAUUGUGCACGAUACUUCAUCAAUGACCAAGCACUUAAAGAACACUUCCGUACGAAGGUCCAUAAGCGUCGAAUGAAAGCCUUGGAAUUAGAGCCUUAUAGUAUUGAAGAAUCUGAAAGGGCUGCAGGCAAAGGCAGUUACCUCGCUCCAAAAAAGCGGAAGAUCGAAACUCAAACACCAAUAGAUGAAAAGGCACAGACAAUUGAAGAUGAAGAUGUAAAAAUGGUUUUGGCGCCAUGUGGACUGGUUGGUAGAUGUCAGCAUUUUGGAGAAACGUGCUGUCACCAUCUUCAGGAGUUAAGUGACAAUGUCGGGAAUCGGAUUAUAUAGGUUGGCAGGAAGGGGUGUCUGAAGAAAUGGGGCAGUCAGGAUGGAAUGAGGUAAGAGAUUGAGCCAGGCCACUUCAUCCCGGAACAUGGAGACAGUACAUUUCUCCAAAUUUCAGCAUCUGCUGACCAGUCCACACUGCCAAAACCCAGAUCAUCACCACGACCACCAUGAAAAUGUCAAAUUUCACUAGUUUUCACAUUACUGGCUUAACAUAUUCUUUAUGUAUAUGAUAUUUCAGUAGAGAGAGGUACAUAUAAAACAGAAGAGAAUGCAACUAAAUGUAAACCUAAACAAAUCACAAUAAACAGGAUCACCAAAUAAUGAAACAAAAUAUAAUUCUUUUAAAUAUACUAUUUUUAAUUUACACUGAUAAAUAGCAUACUGCUAUAAAAAGAAACCAAACCUGUCAUGAACUUAAGAAUCUAUGCUCACAUGAGAGCAACUCUAUUUGAUCCAGUGUGUCUGAUUGUUCUUGCUGGGUAUCUCAGUGGUCACUACGUAGAUUGUGGGGUGUGCAGUGGUGGACAAGGUUCCAGCACAAGUUAAAGAGUCUCAUAUAUCCAUUUCUCUGGAGAUAUCCAGUUCUCUUCAGGUAGCAGCCAUAACGCUGGCAUGUCUAAUAGCGAGGCAAAACUAUACAUGCAGAUGAAGUAAAUGACAUCAAGAGGAAAAGAACUUACAGAUGAAUAAGAAUUUUGUAUUGAUUUUCUUUGCACUGCUCAGUUGGAAGCAUUCAAAGGAAAACAGAUGUCACGCGUUUCUCCUAGAAUGUCAUGUUCACAGAACUGAGGUCUAUCCCUCAUGUAUGUACACAAUUGAUGUGGUACCUGUCAUUAGCAUAAGCAUGUAUAGUAAAUAUUGUGUCUCAGUUUUCAAAACAUUCUACAUGAUAUGUGAAAUUUGUAUAUCCAGAUUUAGAUUCAUACCUGGAAUCCUGAACUGUUAAUUCCACUAUUUUGAAUCUGU